GGGAGAAGAGAGAGAGAAAGGGAGGGAGGCAAAGAAAGAAGCGGGGGAGAUGAAGGCGACUCUCACAGGCAAGUACGAGAGCAUCAAAAACUUCCCUACCGCCUCCCUCACUGUGGAUACCAAAGUCGGCGACGUCAAGCUCAAGGCCUCCGUCCCCGACUUCGUCGUCGCCGAUGGGCGCCCCUCCUUGUCCUCCUUGCUCUCCUUCGCCCUCGAGAAGCCCGGUUCCUUCUCCAUCGACUACUCCCACAAAAAUGAUGUCAAGUUCCAGUUCAUGAACUCGGUGAAGGUGCUGGAGAAGGCGGUGGAUCUGACGUACACGCACGCGCGGAAGGAGAAUCGGACGGCGGUGGAAGGGGCGGUGGCGUUAGACGCGUCGAACAAGAUCGCGGUGAGCAACGUGCUGGGAACAGAGGAGUGGAAGGUGCGGUACACGUACGCGCACGGCGCGCUCCGGCGGACGGUGAUCGAGCCCUGCUACGACGUCAAAGCCAACGCCUGGGACGUCGCCGUGACGAGGAAGUUCGAACGGGGCAACGCCGUCAAGGCCACCUUCCGAACCUCCUCCCGGAGCGUCGAUCUCGAGUGGACCGGGGACAUCCCCCUCAAUACAACCAUCAAGAUUUCUGGAUCCAUCAAUAUGGCGGAGAAAAUUGCAGUUCCAAAACUUACAGCUGAGACUACAUGGAGUUAUGAGAUUUGAUUUACAGAAUCUAAAAAAUUCUUCGAUAUAAGCAUAGAGAUGGUUGUAAUUUUAUAAUUGUUGUUUUCCAGAUGGUUUUAAUUUCUAUAAAAGAAUUUAUUUAUUUUCUGUCAAAUACUGAAAGUUAAUGUAUUGUGGUGAAACUGGUUUCUUGACCAAGCAAAUCCUUUGGUGACUGGUAUUU